UGACAACAUUACUGAAACCUGGCUUCCUUGGGAAAAGGUUUGGUCGCCUGAUAUAGUUCUGUACAAUAGUGCAGGAGAUGGAGAACAAGGUCGGGAGCUACGAACUCUUAUUCAUGUUUGGAAUACAGGGCAUGUUCUGCUCGCGACCCAAUCUAUUUAUAUGAGCAAAUGCGCGCUAGAUGUAACAUAUUAUCCGUUUGACGCGCAGCAGUGUGAGCUCAAGUUCGCCUCGUGGUCCAGAGAUAUAUCAAGGAUGAACAUAACGAUGACUAAAGUUGAACGCGAGACAAUACUAGCCAUGUAUUCACCAUCAGACGUUUUUGAACUGAAGAAGAUAUUUGCAAGGGGGAACAAGAUGCCAGAUCCUUGUUGUGAAAGAACCUUCAGUGAUGUUACAUUUUAUAUUGUAAUCUGGAGACGACCAACCUUCUUCUUGUUUAAUUAUAUACAACCUGUAGUUCUCAUCAAUAUUUUAGCAUUGUUUGUAUUCCUGCUCCCAGCAGAGUCGGGGGAAAAGAUAACUCUAGGUAUCUCGACAAUGCUGAACAUGACCGUGUUCUUAAUGACAGUAAUGUCAGGGCUCCCUCCAACAGACGAGACUCCGAUUCUAAGUAUAUAUUUUGCGAUUACAAUGAUUCUUACAACUGCAGCCACAGUCCUUGGAGUCAUAGUUUUAAGGAUUCACCACCAGGGGAGACGAGGUGUACCAGUUCCAAUUUAUCUAAGAACCAUGGCAAAAUGGAUGGCAGUAUUAACCUGGUCAAAAUAUCCUUCAGUAGAAAACCAACUAGAAAGCAUUAAUAGCGGUUCAUUUAGAUGCAGUGAAAAGGAUCCUUACUGCUACAACAUAAGAGAAUACGACAAUAUGGUUAACACUGGCUCACCUAGCAGUGCUUUAAGUGAACUUCUGAGAACACAAAACGCACUGAACUCGGGUUCUAAUGGGAAACUAAUGAAGAAUGGAAAACCAGUGUUUUCUCCCAGAGUUGGAUUAAAAAGAAGAGCCAAAUUGUACAGAAAAGACCGGAACCAAAAGAAAACAGUUGUACGCAGUACAAAGGAGUUCACCAAAAUAAUCGGUUUAUCAAGCAGCGACGAAGAGAAGAAAGUCGAAAGUUCUUCUCCCUCCUCAUUUUCUUCUGAUCAGGUUCCGAGCUUAAAGAAGAAGGUUUACAAAGAUAUAAGCGAGGGUUGUUCAGCUAACUGUCAGAAUGGAGGUUGGAAGGAUUUGCUUACAAAGAUAAUGAUUGAAAAAUGGAAAAGUGAAGAAAGAAAAGAAAUUGUUGGAGAAGAAUGGAGGAAAAUAUCAAGGAUUUUAGACAGGUUUCUUUUGAUUCUGUUCACCAUACUCUCCUUGAUAAAUACAAUAUUCUGUAUCUUCAAGUCUCCACACUUUCCAGAGAUAGAUCAGCCCAAUAUAGAGAGUAGAGCUAGUAACCAGGAUAUACAUCAACAUAUGCAAUAGAUAUUUCAAUCGUAAAUAUCUCAUUUUUUCUUUGUAAAUCAACAUGUUUUGUAUGUAGAUCUUUUUUCUUCUUGGUUAUGUUAAUCAUAUUUAUAUUU